GCUAGACCUGGACUUAAAUUUUGUUGGAUUGGAGCCAAAACUCCAACUUGCGCUCAAAAGAAAUUCAAAAUAAUGAUCAUAAUAAUGUACAGUACUAUACAUACCUGUUAAUGUGUAUAGAAACUUUAUUCUCUCUUUCUCAGGCAAUAAUAUAUGAUUUAUCUUCUAGCUUACAAAGAAACACAGCCCCGCGGGCGCCGCAACAGGUCACUAUGCUGAACUCAUCAAAAGUUGUGGAGCUCAAAGUGAACACUAGUGUAAAAAUAUACUGUGAAUCUAAUACAAAUAUGUCAGCAUCAGAAAUAUCAUGGAAGUUCAAUGGUGAUCCAUUACCACAAACUGCAGAAGUUGCUGGCAAUAUGUCUGUUUUGAUGAUAAAUAUCCUCUCAUUUGAUCAAAGUGGUAAUUAUUCUUGUGGAUUCGAUCAGGGCAAUGAAUUGUGGGAAAAUGUGUCCAUCACUGUUGGACGUAAGCCACAACCCGUAAGAAACCUUACCUGUAUAGAACAGCCUGACUUUAACUUCAAUUGCUCCUGGCUUUCAAGUAAGAUAGCAACCAACCUGAAGACGACUUACAAGUACAGAAAACUAAAGUGGGAUUCUGGUCAUGGUUUUGAUCAUUGGGAAGAUGUAGAAAAUUCAUGUAUUGAUAUUAAGAACGACAAAAUGAAGCGAAUCUUCAGUGUGAAAGCAAGUAAUGUGCUUGGGGAUUCUGAGAUGGUGAACACUACAUUUAACAUUACAAUUCCUCCUCCUGUUGUCUUUGGAACAUUUUUCAAUAAUGAAACUAUGUUAUAUGUUAACUGGACCAUAUCGAAUCCAAAACUAAGUCACUUUAUACGCCUACUUUGGUACAGAGAUACUUUUCCAAAACCUGAAAAUUGGACUGAAAAGGGCAUUUUAUUUAUGAAAUUGUAUGAAAUAGAAGUGGGUGCUGGAUACAGUGAAUAUGAGAUUAAAGUAGCCGUUACUCAUAAAGAAUCUGAUCAAGUCGUCUGGUCUAAACCGUUGUUAGUUUUAAAGCAUGAGACAAGACCGAAGGGCAAUGUGUCUGGUAACUGCAGAUGGAGUCAAGAACAGAGUAAUCACAUGAUAUGCAGUUGGGACGCACUUCCUAUAGAUCAGCAUAAUGGUAGACUUCGUGGGUACCAUGUAUCUGUAUUUAGAAAAGAUGGAAAGAAUAAGAACGUGAGAGAAGCAAAUAUCAGCAACGAAGUAUUAAAUGCUGAAUUUGAAGGACUACCAAUGAAGUAUAAUUACACAGUAAACAUCAAUGCAUACAAUUCUGCUGGCUCUACAACCAUACUCUCAUUAUCAGUUGGUCGCCAACAUCCGGGCGGUUUGGCUCUUGGUUAUAUUGUCUCGAUUGUAUGUACUUCCAUCCUGAUGCUGUUCCUUAUCACACUAUUGUUGGUGCGAUGCAUAAAGAAGGCUGACUUUAUGAAACCUUUACCAGAACCAAAAUACUUUUACUCGAGCGAGUGGGGGACACUAGGCUGUGCUGAAAAACACCAUUCUGAGGUUGAGACAUUUAAUGAGUUGAAAAGCAGGAAUAUGGCAAACGAGAAAGGGGAUCAGUCAGAGCGAACAGUUAUGUUGCCUCAGAAAGGCUUUGAAGUGAACGAGGAUUCUUGCGUAGCAGAUGAUCAGCAAACAAAACCAGUGAUGGAAGUCACAAACUUGACAUAUCUGAUAUUAGGUCGGAAGCAGGAACAGCAAAAUAAUAACAUUUCCCACCCUGAUCUGAAUGAAGACGAUCUUCAAAAAAUGAACUCCUCAGAGGAAAACUCGGAUGAUACAAAUGUUUGUUACCUUCGUCUGCGCAAUGGAAACCUGUUAACACAAGUCCAAAACCAUGAUAAUGCCUCUGAGGUAAUGCCAGAUGAUCCUAAUUCACUCUCUAUUAAUCCCCUCCCCAUUACUGUCAGUCCUGUCCAGAACUCAGAAGAAGCAUAUGACAGUAUGUUAUCGUCUGAGGGCUAUGUAUCUGGAAGUGGUACCAGCUGUCUAACUGCAUAUACACAACUGUCUACAAAUUAAGGCUACGUUUAGACUUGGAGAUAAGCCAGGUUCGAGUUAAGUUAAGACUUUACUUUGCCGGGCAUUCAGACUAGCGGGUUUAGUCAGGCAAAAAUUUGCAUAAUAAUGAACCUAACCAGGAAACAUGUUUCAAAACAUUGCUCGCGAAACGUACGCUCACUCACAGCAUACGUAAUUGAAUGCUGAUUGGUCAUUUUGUCACCCGAAAUCAAUGCAAGACCCCCCGCAACGAUUAAAGCCCGGCUUCGAAAAGUUAAAGACGGUGGCGCGCCAUGCCUAGUUACUAUAGGAACACAGCCCGUCUUGAGAAUAGCCACCUAGUUCAGACUGGCAGGUGGAUAAACCCGGUGAGUUGAGCCAGGUUUAUCCACCUAGUCUGAACUAGGCCUAAUAUGAUUUGCAAUAUUUAUAGAUUAAUAGUAAUAUUUUAUGUGUUUGCCUAUAGCCUGAUAAGCUUAUCUCACAGUGCUUUCCAAAAUUACAUAUUUUAUUUUUAGAUUUUCCUUGCAAUUUGAGACCAUCAUAGUCUUUUAAAAACAUGAUUUAAAUUUGCAACUGGCACUGUUGUCACAAUCUUUGUAUAGAAACUGAGUAAUUUGUGAAUUUAAUAGAAUAUCAUGUAAUAUAUCAGGGGUAGACAUAAUAACAAGUCAGAGGACCAAACUAAAUUUUUCAUUGCUUUAACACUAAUAGCCACAAGCAAUUGUAAGUUGAAAAUUUUGAUGUUUCCAGUGUGCUUGCAGAAACCUUCAUACUCUAUACAACUUUUGGUCAGUUUUACUGUUUAUUUUACAGACGUUUGGCAACAAGCGGUAACAACAAGGGGUUUUUUGCCAAAGCGGGUAGGUGGGCACCCUUUAAUAUCACAAUAUCCCCUGUGUUAUAGUGAAUUAAGCAUUCUUCACAGGGUUCACAAAUUCACUAGGGAGCUUAGAACGUAAUGACGUCAACUAAAAGUCAUUUGCGCAUGCGAAAACGUUAAGGUCACCUUGUCAAAUAGAUUCUGGAAUGCAAUUUGGCCAAAUCUACGUAUGCAGAGAACGUAGGACGCCAGGUGUGACGGUCACGCAUGAGUGAGUCCGUCCUAGCAUCGUGUCUUCGCACAAAUCGAAAGCUCCCUACUAUGUGUUUUGCUGGAACAAAAAUAUUUUUUUGUAUGAUAAGGCACGUUCACGUAAACUUUUGUGAUAACGUUAUCAUGAUCUAUACAUCAUGAUAACUUUAGCAUGUUAGAGAAAACCAUUCAUAAACAUAGAAACCACAUCAUGAUCUGUUUAUGGUAAUGAUGCAGUGUUGCAUAAAAAACUACCAAGAAGCAAAACCAGUGAGGUUGUCUCAAACGUCAGACCGUUUAAUAAACUGAAUGCUGAUUGCUUGGAAUU